GUGGAAUCAGCACGCAGAUUGCAGCAGAAGCAUUGGAGCAACCAAGGUAACAUGUGCCAUAUGUCAAGGCUUGAACAGAUGUAACAACUAACACUACUAUUUAUUAUCUAUCAAUUUUAGACUUUAAGUUAUAAAAAAAGUAAUAAUGAAGAAAUACGCGAAGUUCAUAAGCGAAGAUAUCGAUGAAUCUCAAUUCAUUGGAAUAAUUGUUGCUGUUUUAUGCAUCAUUCUAACAUUAGUUUUAUUUGCUAUUUGGCGAAGAAGAAAGUCUGUUGGACGCAGUGUUCUCAUCACAGGUCUUACGGAUGCCGGGAAAACACUUCUGUAUUCACGUUUAUUACAUUCCAAGUUUGUCCACACUCAUACAUCUAUUAAGGAGAAUAUAGGUGACAUCAUUAUCAAUAAUAAUUCUCUACGCAUUGUUGAUAUUCCUGGACAUGAAAGAUUGCGGUAUAAAUUUUUCGACAAAUACAAGCAAACAGCACGAGCUGUGAUUUACGUAAUUGAUGCCGUAACUUUUCAAAAAGAUCUCAGAGAUGUUGCUGAGUUUCUUUACACCUUGUUAUCAAGUAUCACUCAUCAAAGAAAUAUUCCUAUACUCAUAUUAUGCAACAAACAAGACCAAACAAUGGCGAAGGGAUCUGCAGUCAUAAAAACUCUCCUAGAAAAAGAAAUGAAUUUACUCCGCUUGACAAAGUCAAGUCAGCUAGAAUUUACUGAUGCAUCGUCAUCAAAUAUCUUUCUGGGAAAAGAGGGCAAAGAUUUUGAAUUUACUCACCUCAACAACUCCAAUGUUCAAUUUGCUGAAUGCAGUGCUUUUAGCAAAGAUCCAAACACAGCAGCUGAUCUCGAACAAUUGAAUAUAUGGUUAAAUAAAAUAGCAUAAUUGUAAUCUUGACUCUGAAGUUUGUUUUAUAAUAUAUAUUUUUUUAUAAAGUUUGCAUAAAAUAGUGCUGAAUGUGAAAGGUGAAUUCAAUAAAAAAUAUUACCAUA